GAUUGUGUCAUCAAAAAGUGACUAAUUUACCUCCUAGUUGUCAAUUUAAUUUUUAGUCCUGUGACAAAUUGUCAUAUUUAUAGAAUAGAUCUGUCGAAUAGUUGAACCGGUCAGAGAACGUGAUUAGUUAUCAAAAAUAACUUUUUAAAAUUAAUUGAUAAUGCUUACAUUAAGGCAACUCGUUACAGCUGCAAAAACUGCGGCUCAAAAUGCAAGUAGGAUGAAACAUUCUCUUCCCGAACUUCCUUAUGAAUACGCCGCUCUUGAACCAGUAAUUUCUAGAGAAAUAAUGAAUCUGCAUCAUUCUAAACAUCACAAUACUUACGUAACAAACUUGAAUGCAGCUGAGGACAAAUUGCGAUCUGCUACUGAAAAAGGAGACAUCAGCACUAUAAUAUCCUUGGCUCCUGCUUUGAAGUUCAACGGCGGUGGUCACUUAAACCACUCAAUAUUUUGGCAGAAUUUGAGUCCCUGCAAAACUGAUCCCAGUCCUGAGUUAUCCACUGCUAUUAAUAAUGCUUUUGGAAGCAUGGAAAAUAUGAAGAAGCUUCUUUCAGCUCAAACUACUGCUAUUCAAGGUUCCGGGUGGGGUUGGUUGGGAUAUAAUCCAACUUCAAAAACAAUCCAAAUUGUAACAUGUGCCAAUCAAGAUCCUCUUCAGGCUACUACUGGUUUGGUACCACUUCUAGGUAUUGAUGUUUGGGAACAUGCUUAUUAUUUGCAGUAUAAAAAUGUGAGAGCUGAUUACGUAAAUGCAAUUUUUGAUAUUGUCAAUUGGAAAGACGUCUCCGAGAGAUACAAAAAAGCUGCUGGCUGUUGAAUUUAAUCAUAGUUUUUAUUAUGAACUUUUUGUUGUUACUUUUUAUUUAAAAAAACAAUAGAUAAUAUCUAAAAAAAUGUAGAAUUAUUGAAUUAAAAUUUAUGUUGAUUAUAAGAUGUAUAUCCAGAAUAUGAAUUUUUUAUGCACUUUUUAAGUGUUAUGAUUAAAUAGUACUAUAAAAUAA